AUGGAUUACGCACAGAAUGAACGACGCAGGGAACUUUACAACUUAAACGUCAAAGCAUGGAAUGGUGAGCCAAUAUUUUCCUCGGACGGCAAGAAAUUGGACUCCAGUAUCAAGAAAAACACUGGAUUCAUAAAAAAACUGAAGUUAGGUAUCGCUAAAGACAGCAAAACGGGUUUAUUAAAGGACAUUCAAGAGAUCUCUUUAGAGAAAUACUUACCAGAAAUCGUCGUAACGGCCCAUGAGGGACUUACCAAAGUGUCUGGUAAGAACGAGGACAUAGAUGCGGCCGUGGAAAUCAUAAGCGCACUUCAUCAGCGGUUUAGUCAAAGGUUUUCGCCCGCAUUGCUUGAGCUUUUUUUGCACAAUUUCUCUAAUCAGGAACUAGAAACAGAAACCGAAAAAGAAGAAGCUGCACGUGUUGUCAAGGGGAAAGUAUGCGUGCGUCUAUUAACCGAACUGCAUCUCGUUGGCGUUUUCCGUUGUUUAGAAUACACUUCUAAGGAAAACUUGCCGACUUUUAUAUCUAGAAGACUCGGAAAGAAAGAACCUCUAGUCUUUACCGUUUUGAGAGAGGUUUUGAAUUUUAAAUUUAAAGAUGGUUACUCUACCACUAUUGCGACCAAUUUCGUAAAACGAUUUUCUGAUGUUAUCCUGUUUGAUGCCUCAAGUGAUCCUGAGCCGUUCAAAGAUGAAGACAUGAACAAAAUGGUUUACAGGCUUCUCAAAGUGUUCAGCGAAGCAGUCAACGUGCGAGCCGCUGAGUUGAAUCAGACCUUGAACAAGCUAAUCAAAGAACAUAGAAAGGCGCAGAUUCGUACUGGUAAGACGACGGACGAGUUUUCGGAAAAGGCAAGUGGGCUGGAACCAGUUUUGCAAAGAUUUGAAAACGCUGCUUUGAUUUUAUCCAAGACGUUUGGUCUGGAUAUGCCAACCCUUGAUAAAUUAUUAACUGGAGAGCAGGAAGAAAAUAUCCCGAUUAUAACAAAUCAAAUCAAAAUCGCUUCAGACCGGCUUUGGGAAAAUGAAGCCACCAAAAAAUUUUACGAGGUUCUACCAAAUCUCGAAAUGGCAAGUCAAGAGAGUGAAGGCGAUGUGGCAGACGCUAAGACGGACUCAGUGAAUGAGUUUUUUACGAAGCUCGAGCAGGCGGAAACCAAAGAAGCAAUUGACGAACUGUCAUUGUUAUAUUGGACUAACAAUCUAGAUAAUAAAGCCACUAGAAAACGGCUUUUGAAGUUCUUCAUUGAGUCACCGGACUGGAGUAAGAUAAGACUCUAUGCUCGGUUCAUUGCCACUAAUGCAGCUCCCUUGGCGGAAAUUAAAGAAGAGCUUAUACAGCAUCUCGACAGCGGCUUUAGAAAUCAACUCCAUUCAAACAAGAUAAAUGUUAAAAACAUCAUUUAUUUUUCUGAAAUGGUCAAGUUCUCUCAAAUACCACCGUUUAUGGUUUUCCACAAGAUAAGGGCACUAAUUUUAAAUAUCAACACGCCCAACAACAUCGAAAUUUUAACAAUUUUAUUUGAGAACUUCGGAAAGUUUUUGAUCAACCACCCGAUGUACAAGGAACAAAUGGAGAAAAUGGUAGAACUCCUUCAGCAAAAGAAGAAAGAUCAUGGUCUUUCCGUCAGUAACAAAUGCGCUAUUGAUAACUUGGUCGUCUUAAUUUAUCCACCGUCUUUGAGUAAGCUUAACUCGCAAACCAAAACUCUAUCCGCCGAGCAGCAGUUUUACCGCGUCCUUUUGCGUAGAGAACUCAACAAUUUCCAGCCGGAGAAAGUUACCAAACUAGUCAGGAAAGCUGACUGGAGCAACAAGGAAGUUUACCAUACGUUAUUUGCCAUAUUUAUCAAGCCUGAAAAAGUCAGUUUUCAGUCUAUGGACAAUUUAGCGAAGGUUACUGGUGGAAUAUAUCCUUAUCACAGGAAUUUUGUCAUAAAAGUUAUUGACGCCAUACUCGAGAAUGUUCUAAGGGGACUGGAAAUCAACGAUUUUAGCAUGAAUAUGAAAAGAAUUGCUCACGUCAAGUACCUUGUUCUUCUCUACAAUCACGACCUUAUAAGGUUUGAAGUCAUUUUGGACACAAUGUUCAGAAUAUUGAAAUACGGGUACCCCAAAGGAAGCCCAAAUUUGGGAUUCUUGAAUGAAUACGAUUUGCCAGACAACUAUUUCAGAAUUCAGUUGGUCACUACGAUGCUAUUAUCCAUUGAAAAGAACACUCCCAAUCUUAAGAAAAAAAUGCAUCUUCUGAUGAGAUUUUUGGAAUACUACUCUUUUGUCAAAGACCAUCCUCUCCCUAAAGAAACUCAAUUCAGAUUAGAAGAUGCCUUUUCCAAAAUGGCCCCACCAUCGGCUUUCGUAAGGAGUUCAACAAUAACCGAGAGCUCCAAAAUGUUGCAGGAUCUGCUUAAAAAUUUGGGGGUAGUUGGGAUGGAACUAGUUGCAAACGCAGAUGACGAUGAUGCAGACGACUCGGACGCGGCUAUAGGGGACGAUGACGAUGCUGCAUCAAAUGGCAAGGAUAGUUCUAAUGACGAUUUGUCGGAUAGUGAGCAAGAAGAGGAACAAGACAAGAACAAUGGCGCUUUAUCAGAAGAUCUAAGCGACGAGGAUAGUACUAGCAGCUCGUCAGAAGAUGAAGACGAUUUUACAAAGGUUGAUGACUAUUUGGAGAAGUGGCGUGCAAAAGAGGAAUACGAGGCUCACCUACGUUCAGAAGAAGACCGAAAAGCCGAAGAAGACUUCGAUCGACAAUUCAAAUUGCUAAUGCAAGAAUCCAUGGAGAGUCGUAAAAACGAAAAAAUAUCGGGGGGUAGUAUUCCUAUGGUUUCGUCAGGGAAUAAUAUUGGAGCAAUGGACUCGGGUGUGGUACAAACAGCCAUUUCGGCAAACGAAGACAAAUCCCACAAAGUGUCAUUCACCUUUUUAAGCAAAUCGGGCAAGAAAACGCAGGCUAAAAAAUUAGCUCUACCGGGUCAUGUCAAAUUUGUAGCAGAUGUUUUAGAACAGGGAGAAAAACUAAAGGCAGAAAGGCAAAAGAUUAAAAAUAUUGUUUUGAGUCAGAAAUUUGACUAA